AUGAUUCCAACACCACCAUGCUCUAACACCUAUGCUGGCUCCUCGCCUUCAGUAUCGCCACCACCAUCACCGCCCUCCCAUGAUGGCACUAUGAUUCACGGCUCCAUUCAUUCAUAUCAAGGCAGCAGUAACAACAAAAGGAAAAGACUUUAUCAAUGCUCCUAUUGCGAAAAGAGUUUUACCAAGCCAAGUGCAUUGCAACCACACAUUUAUACACACACAGGCGAAAAGCCAUUUGUAUGCCAUUUCCCUGGAUGCAAUCGAGGUUUUGCUGUUAUCAGUAAUUUACGACGACAUUUUAAAGUGCAUGAGCCAAAAGCAAACGAUUCAACAAGGAUGUCUCCACAAGAACGGGUGAUGCGGGUUUAUCGCCUGGCAACGUUAUCACAAGAAAUGAACCAAGACCCUGAUGAUGCAUCAUCCAUUUCCAAUCUUCCUUAUGUUGAGCAACAGCAACCCACUAACAGCACCAAUACUACCACUACUACAGUCCCAACUUCAGCUCCUUCUCUGCCUUUCGUUAGUACUUCCUCUUCUCUACCAUCCUUUUCUUCCCCUACAUAUCACCAUCAUCAUCAUCAUUAUCAGCAACCACCACCUAUCGUUACCAAGGAUACCCCAUUUCCUGCACCAUCACUACCAACUUGCUCUGCUUUAAUUCCACCCACUGCUGGCGUAUUAAAUACUGACCCUUACACCAAGAGGCUAUGA